AUGGACGUGGACGUGGACGUGGACGUGGACGUGGACGUGGACGUGGACAUGGACGUGGACGUGGACAUGGACGUGGACAUGGACGUGGACGUGGACGUGGACGUGGACAUGGACGUGGACGUAGACGUAGACGUGGACGUGGACGUGGACAUGGACGUGGACGUGGACGUGGACGUGGACGUGGACGUGGAGGACGUGGACGUGGACGUGGACGUGGACGUGGACGUGGAGGACUUGGACGUGGACAUGGACGUGGACGUGGAGUGGACGUGGACGUGGACGUGGACACGUGGACCGGACAUGGACGUGGACGUGGACGUGGACGUGGACAUGGACGUGGACAUGGACGUGGACGUGGACGUGGACAUGGACGUGGACAUGGACGUGGAUGUAGACGUGGACGUGGUCGUGGACGUAGACGUGGACGUGCAUUAG